GAGAGGCUGUAACCUCUCAGGGGACAUCUGUCCACUUCUGUCCUCAGUUCUCAGCUCUCAGUCCUCCAGUCUGACAGAACUGGACCUGAGUAACAACCACCUGCAGGAUUCAGGACUGAAGAAGCUGUGUCCUGGACUGGAGAGUCCACACUGUCACCUGGAGUCUCUCAGGCUGUCAGGCUGUCUGAUCUCAGAGGAAGGAAGUUCUUCUCUGGUCUCAGCUCUGAGCUCCAACCCCUCCCACCUGAGAAAGCUGGACCUGAGCUACAACCAUCCAGGAGAGUCAGCAGGGAAGCUUUUGUCUGCUGGACAGGAGGAUCCCCGCUGGAGACUAGACACUCUCAGGGUGGAGCCUGCUGGACAACGAUUUCUGACACCAGGUCCGUCGAAGUAUUCAUGUCAACUCACCAUCGACACAAACACAGUCUACAAGUAUAUCCAACUGUCUGACAACAACAGGAAGAUGACACGUGUGAAGGAGGAUCAGUCAUAUCCUGAUCAUCCAGACAGGUUUGAUUACUGGGAUCAGCUGCUGUGUAGAGAAGUUCUGACAGGUCGCUGUUAUUGGGAGGUCCAGUGGAGAGGAGAUGUUUCUGUAUCAGUGUGUUGGACCACCGUCCAUAUGGUUAUGAAUUCAUGACAUUUAUGAUUGGGUGAACAUUUAUUUUGGACCAGUAAAGGGCCGAAGCCAAAGCUAAAGUCUCAUGAUCCCUGCCUCAUGGUGAGUUUACGACACCUCCAGCGUGGUCUGGAGAACGGAAAGACCCCAUGGACACCAGGAUUUGCAUAUGUGACCCUCUUGGUGAUAAGGCACCACACUUUGAUUGGACAAGGACCCCGAGCUGCAGGAAGGGGUAUCUACUUCCUGUAUGCAGCUAUAAAAGAGAAGACCGCCCUCUCUCCGGCCUCUUCUCUCUUUUCUGCUUCUUCCUUCUCACCCACAGGUCUCUGUAACACCAGGGAGCCAGCCAAGGGCCGGCUUUCUCCUUCGUGAACGAAGGAGCGUCCGUUUUGCAGCGCUGCACGAGCGACCCACGCAGUUCCGAGCCCAGAAAGCCGAACUAGGGACCCUGCAUUGCCUCGACGUGAACGCGACGCCGAUCCGAAGUUGAAGGAAGCCAAGUGCUGUGCCCAGCUGCCAUCCCCUCAUCUGCAGCAAGGACACAGGAGGGAGUGAUAACCGCUUUAUCAGGAUCCCCUGCUGAGCGUAAACACCCAGCUGUUCCCCGAGGAACGCUGACCGACCACCCUUUUUUCCUUCAACUGCAAAGAUUCACAGUCGCAAGCGAAACACUGGUGUCCGGUUCGUGAACUGCGUGUGGUGUACAGGGCAGGAAACUCAUCGCAUUUGGACGCAGAGCCAGCAGAGGUGACCAGAGGUUGACUAAGAAGGACCGUCAGGCAAGUUCCGUUUGAAUAGGAAGCUUUUCGCCAGGUUCCCUUCCUUCCCGGGCCCCUGGCCAGACGCGCGAUGACUAGCCCAGGUAACCAUGAAGGGGGGGCCGAGGCUUCCCCCAGCGUCACUUUUACCGACACUCAAGAAGUAAUUGCACGCAUUAUGGAAAUACCCAGAGAUGAGCUGAGCAUAAUAAAUGACUAUGACCUCCAGACCUGCGAAGGGAGGAUAGCAGAGCUCACUAGCUUCGCCAAGAAACCGUAUAAAAAAGCCUGUGUAGCCAACGUUCCGGGUAAACUGGCGUUGCUAUGGCAACGUAAGGCAGAACUCCAUGCUGGGGAAAACAAACACAGGUGGCGACAAAAAUACGAGGGGGAAGUGUUGGCGCACUGCGAUGCGCAGGAAGAGAUUGAACGCUUGAAAAGCCUGUUAAGAGAGGCUCAAGCACGAAUCCGAGAAACUAGUCGAUGCGCCUCAGAGGAGGUGAAUAACGUCCAUAAUUAUGAACGUAACGCGGGUGAUAGGAUACAGGAGUUGAUCUCUGUAAUUAAGAGUUCUUCCAGAGAAGCAUUCUUCUCCGAUGUGCUUAGUUGCAAAACCCAGCUCCAGUCACAUAAGUUCAGCCACGUGGAGGAACGCCAUGAAAAGUCAUGGCUGCUCCGUGAGCACGCACUUAGCCUCCGGGAGAAGGCAGUAAGCCUCUAUGAGCAGUCGCUUAGUCUCCGCCAGCAGUCGCUGGACUUUCGUCAGCAGUCACUGGACUCCUGUAACGGGUCCACUCGAAGCUCCGAGAAAAUGGAGCCGCGCUGGGUUGAAAACAAGCAUGGGAACCGCGAGCCACGGCUCGAAUCAGAAAUUAAAGUAGAUCAACUCUCCAGUGUCCCGAUCAUUAACAAUUUGCAGCAGUGUGAUGAAAGGCGUGACCAAUCUCACACUGACCCACGGCCAGCAGGGGGCCAGAGAAAGGAUCCAGCAGUUAACCUGCUUAUCCUGUCUGAGCCCAGGGGGACAGCCAGUAGCCCAAACGCUACUGACACCGUUCCAGACCUUAUCACCUGGGACGAAAUGAAAGUGCAGCCACCGAGGUGCAAAAUGAGGAAAGGGGGGUCAGACUUAAAGCGUGCCCCCCCGUUCACCCUCAGGCCCACUGCUCCGCGUGUUCAAGAUGAGGUGCUGAACCCGAAAUGCGGCCAGCCUCAUAAUCUGAAGGCCGUAAAUCCAAAAUUCCGGGAACCUUUCCCUGAUGGACAAAAACUUGUGUCAGGUGGGUUAAACCCCCACUUUGACCUACCUGUUCCACAACAGACAAGAACUAAUUAUUCUUCUCGGCACGGGGACCGGUUGUAUCAGGAACGUUCUGGUGGACCAGAUGACCCUGACCCGCCACAUAGACAAGGCUUGCGUCUCCGUGACUUUGAGUCCCUGGCCAGUGACAUAGAACACUUUGACCCGGAUGAUCCAGGGUCAAAUAUUGAGAAUUAUCUCGAUGAGGUUCAGGAUUGCCUCCGAGAUUUACCUCAUGCAUCCUCUAGCGAGAAGGUAAAACUUCUUUGGAAAACCACAGCCAGGAGCGUUCGUGUUUUCAUAAGAUCCCUUCCAGCUAAAACCAGAGACUGCUAUGAAGCACUCCUUCAGGCUUUGCUAGAGGAGUAUUUUUCUGAAACCGACUGGGCUUCAGCUACUCUGGCUGCUUCUUCAAUUAAGCACCAGGAGUCAGAAACCCCCAAAGAUUAUUACUGGCGUCUGAGAGCUGCGUUUUUCCAGGGACGCAACACUCCCGGUUUGGAGAAUGAUCGUCAUUUUAAGUCUCUAUUCCUACAUAACCUCCAUGAAAGCGUGCGAUGUAAGGUAACUCUUUACUGCAGCGGGAGGCGAGAUCUCAAAAUGCGAGAAAUCCGCGGGUACGCUGAGCUGGCGUGGGAAACACAGAGACGUCCCACGGUAGAUUCUGAGAACGGUCCACAGAGUGACCGAGAGGUGUUCCACCCCGGUGCUGACGCCAGGGCGCCGCCCAAGAGACGGCGCAGACGUCGUAGAUCAGCAGGCCGGGGGGGUGCCAUAUACACCCUGUUGGCCAGAGCACUGAACGAGCUGCAUGACUCGUCUGCAGCUGACUGACAACUUCUGACCCAGAAGCGCAAAUCCCCCCACCCCUGAAAAAGGGGGGGGCAGGGACCUUGGAGUGUUAGGGAAGUAAAACUCAGACCUACACUCACAAUUUUAUUUCAUUUGUUCUGUUUUUGUUUUUCCGGGUCUAGCAAUUAAUCGCAGAAUGAUUAAAUUGCUAGGGAACAAUACUUUCUUCUUCCGUUACCCGAGGUCGGUUCUGUUACCGGACGGACCCCCUCCGAUCCGUUUCUUUCCUCAGCACCGCUCUGCCAAGGGAUUAACACGUAGUGAACACCCACUGAGCCUGGUCUGCUUUUGGCAGUUACGUAUCGAGGGUCCGUAACCUAACUAACCUCCCUUCUUUUUAUCUUUAUCUACCUCAUUCUGCUAGGAAUGACACUGAACUGCAUAAUCGAAUCCCUUAUCGUUUCUAUAUGUUUUAUGUUUUAUGUUUAUUGUUAUGUUUUAUACCCUAGUCUCAUAUAGCAUAGCGUAUUUCCGUCUGCCCAGACAUGCCUCACCUCUGCCCAGACAAAGCCUCCAGCGCUAUGCUAACCUCUGAACUUUUAAGUACUGUGCCCCUCUGCCAACCAGGACUGCAUCACAUGGACUGUUGCACCGUUGGUAGAUUUGACAACCAGACCCUGCAUUCCCGCUGUCAAAUCUAAGGGGGGAUGUUGGACCACCGUCCAUAUGGUUAUGAAUUCAUGACAUUUAUGAUUGGGUGAACAUUUAUUUUGGACCAGUAAAGGGCCGAAGCCAAAGCUAAAGUCUCAUGAUCCCUGCCUCAUGGUGAGUUUACGACACCUCCAGCGUGGUCUGGAGAACGGAAAGACCCCAUGGACACCAGGAUUUGCAUAUGUGACCCUCUUGGUGAUAAGGCACCACACUUUGAUUGGACAAGGACCCCGAGCUGCAGGAAGGGGUAUCUACUUCCUGUAUGCAGCUAUAAAAGAGAAGACCGCCCUCUCUCCGGCCUCUUCUCUCUUUUCUGCUUCUUCCUUCUCACCCACAGGUCUCUGUAACACCAGGGAGCCAGCCAAGGGCCGGCUUUCUCCUUCGUGAACGAAGGAGCGUCCGUUUUGCAGCGCUGCACGAGCGACCCACGCAGUUCCGAGCCCAGAAAGCCGAACUAGGGACCCUGCAUUGCCUCGACGUGAACGCGACGCCGAUCCGAAGUUGAAGGAAGCCAAGUGCUGUGCCCAGCUACCAUCCCCUCAUCUGCAGCAAGGACACAGGAGGGAGUGAUAACCGCUUUAUCAGGAUCCCCUGCUGAGCGUAAACACCCAGCUGUUCCCCGAGGAACGCUGACCGACCACCCUUUUUUCCUUCAACUGCAAAGAUUCACGUGAGAGGCUGUUUUUGGUGUCUGGGCAGAGAAAACUUUAAGAGUUAGUUUACGCUGUGAGCUGGACUGCUGAUCCCGUCAUAGUUGUGUUUAUUAACUUAAGUGUUUUUGUUUAUCUUCUUAUUGGUCUACUGCUGCAUCCACAUUGCUGGAUCGUUAUGACAUGCUUCUCGACAACCGAAAACAAGGCCCUUCUAAAUUUCCCGGUUGAAUGACCAGAGCGCACGUGUGAAGUUUAGUUUCACCGUGGGGCAUUUCUGGGUGGGAAAGAGCAGAAGGUCUUGGGUUUCUGGUAGUGAGAUAUUAUUUAAGAGUGUCUAUUAUUUUACUUUUCUUCUGCAUCUCUCCCUCUCUUCCUCUCGUACUAACCCCCCCCCCCCCACACACACACACACAGACGCUCCCCUCGGUCGUAAAUUCCCGAGCCAUUCUGAGAUCACAUACACACACACACACACACACACACACACACACACACACACACACACACACACACACACAUGCAGACACGCACACACACACACACACGCACACGCACACACACACUAGUCACACCCCACACGGAUGACUGGAACUUUUGCAUUGUAUAAUUUCUGUCCCUGUUUACGUAGUGUGCCAUCAGAAUUAUUUGGGGUGUUGCGUUUAUCAUCUUUUGACACCCGUAUGUAAAUAAACUCUGAUUGAUUUCUUUAUGAGUGGUUGUGUUAUUUCAUGCAAGAUUUGGUCACAAGUUGAUUUGUUUAAGCAGAGCCUAGUGCUCGAAUUUCACCCUUCAAUUACUGUAUUAGGCAUAAACCUUAAAAUCAUAUGAGACUGAUUUUCUGCUGUUUAAGUUAUCAUUUCUCCGGAUUAAGGCCCGGAGUGGUGCCCCGAGGAGUUUACUUAUCAUAUUGGUCAUUCAAUUUGAUAAAUAGUCGACUUUAUUAAUUAUUAAUAAUUCUUGAAUAAAAUUAUUAAUAAGCCUUUGAUAACUGGACAGCCAAGCUACCGAGACGCACAACAAGUGAGUUACAGAAGAAUCAGAAGGAAAGGAAACUCUGGUGACUGUUUGUUUGGAUGGAACGAUCAUUCCUGGAGUCUGGACUGUUAUGAUGGUUGGUACCAUGUCCGUCACAAUAACAUAGUAACAUCUUCCUCCUCCUCUUCCUCAGUCUCUGACAGAGCAGCAGUGUACGUGGACGUUCCUGCUGGAACUCUGUCCUUCUACAGCGUCUCCUCUGACAGACUGAUCCUCCUCCACACCUUCAACACCACAUUCACUGAACCUCUCUAUCCUGGGUUCUGGUUCUCGUCUGGUUCUGGUUGUUCAGUGUCUCUGUGUUGAGUUCAGUCUCAAGAAUCUCCUCCUGUCAGAGAAACUGUCUCUGUUGGACAGAUAGUUGAGUCUGUACACGUCUGUCUCUGUCUCCACCAGAACACCUGGAUCACACGUUGGUGAAACUGUUCUGAAUGAUUCCUUGGAAACUUCUUCCUCUUCCGGUCCUUUAAAGGUGGAAGCUGCCGUUAUUCCAGGAUCCACAUGUUGUUCUUCCGUCUGUUUCCAGUCAGAGCUUCACCGUGAACAGCAGCGUGUUGUUUCUCUGCAGCUCAGUUCAGCUCAGAUCAUUAACUUCAUGUCAGCUGCAGGUAGUUUGCUGCACAUGUGACCAACUGUGAUGUCAGAGAGGAAUCACUGAGCUGCAAUCAGCCCAGAUGAAGUUACAACCUGCUGACAGAUCUGAGCACAAGGUUGCUGUGCAGCCAGGGUUCAUCCUGGUCUUUAUUCACACCACUUCCUGUUCCAGCCAUGACGUCACUACUGGACUGUCAGGUCUCUGUCAUGGUAAAGGGUUUGUUUGUGUGUGAGCUCUCACCAAGAUGAAUAAGAUGAUCCAUCCAUCAUCUGGAACUGCUUCUUCAUGUUCAGGGUCCCGGGGGUCGGCCUUGUUGAUUUUAAAUGUACUAUGAUGAUUGUUAUGUACAUUUGUCAGUAGAAGGAGAAAUCAACAACAAUAAUGCGCUUCUAUGGUUCCUAGACUGUAGAAGAACUGGACAAACCCUCCAUGAUGUCAUCUGUAAUGUUGUUUUCAGCUCUCAUUUUCUCAUCUAAUUAUUCAGUGAGUCAAGAAAACUGUUUGGAAAUAAGAUGUUUUUAUUGCAACCACAGAUUUUAUGAUCCAUCGUCCCCUGGAUCACAUUUCUACCAAAUCUAUAUUUCUGUAGAUACCAAAUAUGAUCGGCUGUUUUCCUCCAUCAAAAGCUGUUUCAGCAUCUAGAGUGCAGACUGCAGCUCAGGGAGGUGGUUUUGUGGAUUACCGAUCAAUAUUAAAGUGUUCAUG